GUAUUUAUCGAAUUAAUUAUGUGGCUAAAGAUAUGGAAGUGAAAAAUAAAACAUUACACAACUCAUCAUCAAGACUGCCCUGAAUCGGAACAUUAGCCAUAAAUCCGUAUGAUACUCGCGCGCUUGUUUGCCUGAUAAGAAAUUCAAAUAAUAAUGUCUCCAGACCCAGUCAAAGUUUCACGAUGGUAUUUCGGAGGUUUGGCUUCAGCGGGGGCAGCCAGCAUCACUCACCCGCUGGACUUGCUCAAAGUACAAAUGCAAACACAAAAAGGGAAAUCAGAUUCCUUACUCAAACUCACUGGAAAUGUUUUAAAGAAACAAGGUAUUAUGGGCCUAUACUCCGGCAUAUCAGCCUCAAUCACACGCCAGCUUAGUUACUCCUCGGCCCGUUUUGGAAUAUAUGAAGUUUCUAAACAGUACUUUGCAUCAAAAGAUGGCAGUGCGUUACCUUUCUACAUGUCUGCAUUCCUAGCUGGGCUGGGAGGAUUGGCGGGAGGUCUUGUAGGAAAUCCCGCCGAUUUAGUCAACGUUCGCAUGCAAAAUGACGUCAAACUGCCUAAGGAUAAUAGACGAAAUUACAAAAAUGUGUUCCACGGGAUGUAUUCCGUGGUCCGGAAAGAGGGAGUGAUGCAGCUGUGGGCCGGCGCCAGCAUGAACUGCAGCCGAGCAGUGCUGAUGACCAUCGGCCAGCUCUCCUUCUACGACCAGAUCAAACAAUUGCUUCUCUCCACUCCGUACUUCGGGGACAAUGUCGUCACGCAUGUCACAUCCAGUCUUUGCGCUGGUGGUAUAGCAACAACGCUAACACAGCCGGUCGACGUGCUCAAAACAAGGGCAAUGAACGCGAAACACGGAGAAGUGAAAGGUCUGUUAAGCCUCAUAGCUAACACGGCCAAGGAGGGACCCAUAGCGUUCUAUAAAGGGUACAUUCCAGCGUUUGCGCGACUCGCGCCUCACACCAUUCUGACAUUCGUGUUCUUAGAACAGCUUAGAAUAAACUUUGGUUUUGUCAAAGGGAAUUAGGUUUAAUUAGUAAAUGUUGAGACGUAGACAAUUUUACAGUCUGGUCCGGGAGAUCCUUUUGAUAGAGUCAACUGUGGACGAAUAUGUUGAAAUGCAUUGGUGUUUUGAUAUAGGUUCCUGAAUUUUUCAAUAAAACAUUGCAUAUGUGAUGGCUGCGAUAGUGCCACAUGGGUACGAUUUCACAAUAAAAAGUGAACAUUAGAACUCCUCUGAAAUAUUACGGCAAAGAUAAACUGCAUUUCUAAAUAUUUACAGUUGAAACUUCCAAGACUACAGGCUGUUAUUCCUAGAUCUUGUAGAUACAUUUUAGAAGCAUUUAGAGACAUGAAAAAUAAAAAUAAAACAGACUAUUUUUAAUGAUGGGUAAGGGUAAACUAUUGUAUCCGAGUUUCAAUAGAAAAUAGAAACCGUAACUUAUGAACGAACGAAUCGAGAAAAAAGUACCUAUUUUAAAGUUCAAACUAAAGUAAGUAGCCAGAUUGUUUCCAGUUAAUCUAUUUAUUCAUACCUAUUUAUUUAUUCCGUACUUACCUAGUUCUUUUUCUUACUUUUUUAGCUAGUCUUCCCGACGUACCCAUAUUUGCUCAAAAUCGAACCAAAUACUUUAUUUUUAUGAUAAUGCUUACCAUGUAACAACAUAUGUACCUAUAAAUCGAAUGUACAAUUAGGUAAGUAUUUUAAGGAUAAUUCAAAUGUUUCUAUUUUAUUUAUUUCAGCAUAAGUACCUACACUAAAACAUACUAUUCACUUAUAAAUCGCCUAUAUUAUUUUUAUAUACCUUUACCUUACAUAUAUACAAGAUAAAUAAACACGGACGAGUUAUGCCCGUUUAGUUACUUCCAUACAAGUGUCAUCCAUCACAAGUGUUUAAUAUAUCUCUAAUAUAUCCUGCCGGUAGCCGUACAUAAACUAUCUAUACUUUAUACAAAUAACACUGUUAACUGACCAUAAGUAGACCUUAUGUCUUUGGAAUAAGGCUGACUGUCAGUUAACAAUGUGGACGGCGGUACCUGCCAAUCUAUGUCGCAAAUAUCCUGCCUUUAUGUUUUAGUCAAAGUUAGCAGUUAUAAAAAGAGAUAUUUAUUUAUAAGGAAAUUGUAUAAUUUUACUUAUGGUAGCCCUUGUGAAUAAUAACUCUAUAAGAUGCUAUAUAAUAUAUAUCACAACUAGAGAUGCACCGGAUAUCCGGUUACUAUCCGGCCAUUAUUUUACUAUCCGGUCGGAUACCGGAUAGUGACCUACUAUGGCCGGAUACCGGAUAGCAACAUUGCUUGAUUUCGGACUAAACCUAUUGGAUUUAAGAAACAGACACGGUCAUAGUCGUACCUGUUUAUUAUUUUGAAACAAUUAAAAUUUAAUCAUUCCACUGACUUGCACGCGCACACAUUUCGUACCUAGAAAUGAGUCCGCGCGAACGUUUACUAGGAAACAGGUCAAACAUGCAAAAUGCGCACCUGGAAAACCGAAAUGUAGGUACCUAUAGUUCCGCGGGCCGAAUAUCCGGUAUCCGGCCAAUCAACUAUCCGUUGCAUCUCUAAUCACAACAAUAAUGUAUGUUAUACUAUAUACCCAUGUAAUGUAUUACUUAAAGAACGUCACUUUGCUAGGGUACUUAGUUCGAACUAUACCAAACGCACGAAGUUACCUACAGCUCUGUCAAACGGGGGAAAACUGCAGUAUAAACCCGUUCAUUUGCGAUAUUUACUUUUCUAAAAAUGGCCCUCGUGAUAACGAAAAUUGAUUUUCUAUUGUUUAGUCUACACUGUGUUUGUGUUGCACAACAACUUGUUGCCAGUUUUACCGUAUUUUGUAGGGUUACCUAUAACCUAUAAUAGUAUAGAUGUGAGAUACAAGUUUGACUUUUAAAAUAACACUUGUACAGUCUGUGCUAUCAAAAUCGCUGCUAACUUAGCUUGGUCUAACUCUAUAUUAGGUAGGUACAUACAGAAUCGCUUCUUAAAUUCCGUUACCAAUAUAAGGUUCCUAGAUUAGGGUUAGGGUAUGGGUUUAUUUUUUGGCUAAUUUCCAAAAUUUAAAUUAAGAGUUGCUAACGACUAUUGUUAACAAACACGGACAGGCUUCUGCAACUCUACGAUUGGCUAUUUUGCGUGAGAGACUAGUGCUAACCACUAUUAUAAAAGUUGUAUGUGUGUUUUAUUUAGUUCACUAAAAUGUGUGCAGUCGCAAAAGGAAAUAAUCUAUAGAAUCAAUCGUCACGGUCUGUAAUUAUUUGCACAGUGACACAUUUUGAUUAGUUUUCGUGCACAUGACUUAGGCAUUUUAUUAGUUUGACGUUAGUUUUGAGUUACUCAUGUUACCACAUAGUCUGUGUGGACAGAGAAAAGUCAGAAUGUAUCAGAACACACACAUUUCACGAUUCUUCUCUUCCGCACAGACUGUAACAAAUUUUUGCGUUAUAUUUUUUAUUAUCUUAUAAUAGUGUAGGUAAACUGAAAACCACGAGACGCAAUAAGGUACAUAGGUACAAAAUGUGCCGAAUGACCCAGGCCUACAAUCUUAUCAGAUAAUAAAAACAUUGACGCAAAACAAAUGGGUUAUGGUGAUACAUUAAAAGUAAUAGGGAUUCAAGUUCAUUCCUGCAGGUCAUUUCAUACUUGUAAGUGCCUAAAUAUUUUUAUGUUAGUUAAUCAUGUUUAUGUCGAAUGUUUGUAACUUAUUUUUGUUAUCAUGUUGGUAUACAUUUAUUUUGAAGUUGUUUUAUAAAAACACAUCUAAGAAUAAUAUUAUUAAGUCGUAAGAAUAUUUUGAUUCCAUUGUCUGUUGUUACUGAAAACUUAAAAAGUUUAGCUGAUAUAUGUUGAAAUAUAUGUGUAAUGAUCAUAAAA